AAGUCUGUGAAGUGAGUGCUAACACAAAGUAUUGCACUGCAUGUGCUAGAAAAAUGGGCCAAAUCCUUUUGUUUUUUGUGUUUUUACUUCCAACUGCAGCUCCAAAAGGCUCUCACUCUUUAUGGAUGCUUGUAAUGUACAUUAAAGGACAAACGGCGUUUCCUGAAUUUAGCUAUGUGAUGAUGCUGGAUGAUGUCAGUGUUCUCCACUAUAACGGUGAUACAAAUAGUCUCAUAGCAAGAGGAAACACAAAAGCUGACGAUGACGUGUUUAAUUUAAAUGCGCUCCCCAUCAUACAUGAUCAUCUACAAUCAUCUUUUGAGGACAGGUGGACAUUAGCAACAACACACUUAAAUAAAACUGACGUUGGUCGCGUGCGAGCUACAGGAUGAUGGCGAACCAGGACGAAUGAUUUUACGAAAUGCUUUUGGAGGAUCCACGACAGAUCAGCUGCUAUUUGUUGACAAGAAGUUUACAUACCACGAUAGCUUCAACGUCUCGACCCAUGUGCUUCAUGCUCAUCAUGAUUACAACAAGUACCUUUGUGAAAAGCUAUUACAGCCGUUCUGCUUUCAAACACUUAAGGGUUACCUGGUAAAAAGUAGAAAUCAAAUCAAUAGAAAAGUCAAACCCAAAGUCAGACUCAUUCAAAAAGCAAACUCAGAUUCUGGAGGUUUUCGUGUGAGUUGUUUGGCGACAGGAUUUUACCCUCGUCACAUCAACCUGACCCUGUUGAUAGAUGGACAGCCUGUAUCUGAUCAUGAGGUCACUGGAGGAGAUCUGUUGCCCAAUGGAGACGGGACGUAUCAGAUGAGGAAGAGUCUGGAGAUCAGAGCAGAGGAGAGAGAAAAACACAAAUACUCCUGCUCUGCCAAGCACCUCAAAAUCGACAACAAACUGGACAUUUAUUUAGAUUUUGACCCUGAAGAACCAUUUCCUUUAGUGCUGAUACUUUUAUCGCUGGUGUCAGUGUUUAUAACUGGAGUCAUCAUAUAUAAAUGCAGGAAGAGGCGAGCUGUAAUUAUUUAUUUGCUAAGCAAAUGUAUUAAAAAAAUUACUUCAUAAAG